AUGUCAGCCACAAACGGGUUCAAAGAAGUCAGUGAGAAUUUCAGUCACAACAUCCAACAAAACCCCUAUGGACCAAAUCCAGCGGACUACUUAUCUAACGUGGGCAGCUUCCAAUUGAUUGAAAGUACCUUGCGUGAAGGUGAACAAUUUGCCAAUGCGUUCUUUGAUACCGAGACCAAGAUUAAAAUCGCAAGGGCCUUGGAUGAUUUUGGCGUUGACUACAUCGAAUUGACUUCUCCAGUGGCCUCUGAACAAAGCAGGAAAGAUUGCGAAGCUAUAUGUAAGUUGGGAUUGAAGGCCAAGAUCUUGACUCAUAUUAGGUGCCACAUGGAUGACGCUAGAGUUGCCGUUGAGACCGGUGUCGAUGGUGUCGAUGUCGUUAUUGGCACUUCGCAGUUUUUGAGGCAGUAUAGUCAUGGCAAGGACAUGAACUAUAUUGCUCAGUCCGCGAUCGAGGUGAUUGAGUUUGUCAAAUCCAAAGGCAUUGAAAUCAGAUUCAGUUCCGAAGACAGUUUCAGAUCGGAUUUGGUUGACUUGUUGAACAUUUACCGUACUGUUGACAAGAUUGGUGUCAACCGGGUUGGUAUCGCCGAUACUGUAGGGUGCGCUAACCCUAGACAAGUUUACGAACUAGUGCGUACUUUAAAAUCGGUGGUGAAUUGUGAAAUUGAGUGUCAUUUCCACAACGAUACCGGGUGCGCGAUUGCAAAUGCUUACACGGCCUUGGAAGGAGGUGCCAAAUUGAUUGAUGUCUCAGUGUUGGGGAUCGGGGAGCGCAACGGUAUCACUCCCUUGGGAGGGUUAAUGGCCAGGAUGAUUGCCGCUGAUCGCGACUAUGUCUUGUCCAAAUACAAAGUCCAUAAAAUCAGAGACUUGGAAAACUUGGUUGCCGAGGCCGUGCAGGUCAACAUCCCAUUCAAUAACCCCAUAACGGGGUUCUGCGCCUUCACACACAAGGCAGGUAUCCACGCCAAAGCUAUAUUGGCCAACCCGUCAACUUAUGAGAUUUUAAGUCCCAGCGAUUUCGGAUUAACGAGAUACAUUCAUUUUGCCAACAGGUUGACUGGAUGGAACGCGAUCAAAUCCAGAGUUGACCAGUUGAAUUUGAAUUUGACUGAUGCUCAGUGUAAGGAGGUGACUGAAAAGAUUAAGAAAUUGGGCGACGUGAGACAAUUAAACAUUGAUGAUGUUGAUUCCAUCAUCAAGGAUUUCCAUGCAGAUUUGGCUACGCCUGCAAUGAGACCCACCACCAGUGGAUUACCAAAAGUUCCCCAUGUCUUGGAAGGAUUGCAAGAGUCCGAAGAGAAAAGAGCCAAGCUAAAUUGA